AUGCCGAAUGCACCAAAGCUGCUGUCCAAAUCCAAACCAAAAGAGAUACGCAGAAAACCCUUUUCAGAUAGGUCCAAAAGGGACCCACCCCAGAGCCACAAUCCAAGAAACAUUGCAAAACCCAUCUGCAAAAAUGGUCAAAGAUCAAAACUUGCACCAGCUCCGAGCAAAAUAGCGAACAAAUUCGAUAAGGGGCCUGCGAAAUUUCGGUCAAAGUUGAAGAAGAACUCACAAGAUGAGGGCCCAACUUCAGGUAAUCUGAUUAGCAAUCCGAAUUCUGAUGAGAAAUAUGGUCCCUUGGGCAAAUUCGAUUUAGAUCCCGUGAAUUUUGAGACUGAAAUAGUGGAUUUUUCAUCACAUGAAGUAGAUAAAGAGAAUAUUAGUUGUUGUGCUGCUGUCAAAACACCCCCUGUUGAGGCCUCAUUAUCUCCUGAGAUCCAAUCACAGUCCCGUUCCAAGAUUCCGGUCUUGAACUCGGAGUCGAUGACACCCGUUUGUUACGGCGCCGGUCACCUCAUCUCGGGUGUGACUGACAGAAGAAAGUGCAGGCGUAGGGGGAGUCUUAAAGGAGGUUUCGAGAAAGCCAAUCUUUUUCAUGAAGAAGGUGACUCGAUUGAAGGCUCUCGGAAUUCCCCAAUUCCUGUGAUAGCCGAGGCCUCAGUACGGUGGGUCUUAUCCCCGUGCGAUGAGGAGAAUGAGGAUUUUGAUCAUGUCUCGGGUGAAAAAGCAUCCGAUUUAAUGUGCCCUAAUAUUGGUGAUUAUUCUGCAUUAUCCAUUUCUUCCUUCAGUGAUGGAAAUAUCAUCCGGACACCAGAUUCGGACAUGGGGUUGGACGAGGAUGUUAGGCUUGUCCAGUCCAAAAUUGGUAUUGUUGCAGAAUCUUUGAACAUAGUGGAUAAAUGGGACCCGACUCUCUUUCAAGACAAUGCGGAUAAUAGUGUGUCUUCUUCUUGGGUAUCGAGUACUGCAUUAGAUAAUUUGUCACUGUCCCAGAUGAUAAUAUCAUGGCGGGAUGAGCAAGUUUCCAAAAAUGAUGAAUUUGAUUGCUGUUGUUUGUUGUCGGAUGAGGAGACUGAUGGUUCUUGUGGUGAAGAGAAGGUAGAGUCGGAUCCAGGUACUGAAGGUGGGGUGAAAAAGAAAUCAGGUGAUAAUAAAGACAACGAUUUUGAGUUGGAAACUGGUUUUUUUCCGGUGCUUCUCGAUUAUGAACCUCAAAUUUGUGGCAGAGGGAAAGAAAAAUUGUUGUCAAAUGAGGCUAACAUGUGUGCAGAGUCUACUUUUACCAGUGAGGGGGCCUUAGCUGCUUCUAGUGAUUCCGACUGA